AUGUCUGAGUUGGACACCAUCAGCCUGCUGAUUCCUCCUGAGCCUUCGUCCAAACCCCAUGAUCUCCAAGCGCAGAUUCAACAGAUUAUCGCACAGAAAGGUCAUUUUCGUCAUGUCACCCAAAGUUCGCUACUCGCCGAGAUCCAGGGCGAAGCCACUGCGCCGGACGCAGUCCAGGUUGAUCGGGAAGAUGAGCCCCAGGCCGAAGAUGAUACUCCGCAGAAGCGUCAGGAACGUGUCUGGAAGCGGCGAGAUGAGAUGCUAGAGCGCAUCAACUAUGCACAAAACGAGGUCCUCUGCGCCCUGGACUUUGUGUCAUUCCUGAUUUCUCGGCAGUCAAUUCCCGCUCAGCAUUCCAUGUCGCCCGCCCUUCAACAGGCCGUUCCUGUCGGGACGCUGGCCUCGAGAGUUUUGAAAGACAGACCAAUUCCUCCUUCGACGAAGCGGCGGCUGGCCGCUGUCUCUCAGGGCUGGAGGGCUGAGGGCUUCCAUUCAGCAUCCCAAAAGCUGGCGGCAGCUUCUGGUAGACUUCAAACCGAAGCUGAGCGCGAGGCAGAGUAUUGGCACCAGAUUGCUGAUCUCAACAGCAGAGGAUGGUCAGUUUCGCGACUUCCACGAGACCGCAAGGCCAUUGGCGUACAUUUCGGAUUUUCUGAGUCUGCACCGCAAUUUCGGGACCGAGGCUUCGCUCUUCUUCGACAGGGCUCUGAUGGUUCAGUCGUUCUGGACCGACAGGUUGGGCUUAAGAAACGCAAACGGCUGGGCGUCUACGUUGUGCGGGAUGGCAUCAAGACAGGCGCUUUCGAUCUUCAAACCACUGAGCCUUCCGGUACGACGGAACUUGACCAGAGCCUCAACGACUACCGUAAUGCCAUUUUCGAGGAAGAGCUGUUCUAUGAGAUAUGCCGUGAAGCGCGUCUUGUGGCCAACCAAGGCAUUACUACACGGUCGCAGAGCGUAGAGGUUAACGUCGGCGGCGAGUACCACUUAUUGCUCGUGUCAUCCAGCGAAGAAGAAGAUGUUACGUCUCCCAAUGCUGCAGACAAUUUGACAGCUCAAUUCGUGGCCAUAUCUCUAAGGUUGUUGUUGAUUGCUGCUCAUGAGCAGAAUCUCAUCAGGCGAUCGCAAAAACCGCCGCCAAUGACCCUCAAAGCACGCCCAAUCCCAGAGUACGCGUUGCUCCGACCUAUUUUGGCACAUUUACGACACCGUGCAGAAGCGGCAACCUUUUGGGAUAGGUGCAGAGCAUUGUUGGGUGCCUUCAAGCGAGCAGAUCUACCGAUCUCGGUGUCGAUGGAGGCCUCGAACGCCACAGUUUUUCAAUCUCUGCAGAUGGAACCACCCAACACCAUGCUGGCAGGCUUGAUGGUACCUGUAAAAACCAGCUUCAAGAUACACCUGACAGCACAGCGAAAGCUGCAGAUUGGACUAGCCACAUUUCUUGGGCCGGCUCUGUUCGGCUCUCGCUACGAAAUAUCGUCGAUUGAUUUUGGGCUUGCAACCAUAGCGUCAUCUCACCAUGAAACUCGCGACGAGGCGCUGUCAUUCAUCCGACACAUACUGUUGUUGGAUCUCGUUGCACACAGUGAGACACUGGCCCUAGAGGUGCAAGCUGCGACCCGUUCAGAGUUGGAUAAGAGCAAACAGACAGAAUGGGCCGUCUCACAGCCACACGACGGUGAGCUGAGCUUGUACGACGCUCAGGAGGCCAUCGAGAAGCUGCAGAUUUCGGUGCAACACGAAAGUAUCUGCGUCAAGUUGAGCCCCCUCCAAAAGACAGCUGCAGUCUUAAGUGAUGAAAUUGGAAAUGCCACGGACAAUGAAAGUCUUGCACGACUGAAAUGGGAGAUUGGUUCUCUCCUUCAAAAAUGCAAAUAUCUGUCCAGGGGUAUCAAGUUGUCUCAACUAAGCAGGCACUCGUUAUUUACACAAGCACAUCCGUCCAUCGCGAAAGAGUUCGCCGAUCAGAUGGUACAUUUGUACCUUGCUUACUUCGAGUCUGUGUUUCGCAUCUUACAUAUUCCCUCGUUCUGGAUCGAAUACGAGAAAUAUUGGAGCGCUCCCACGGAGGCUGAUACCAUUACUCAACUCAAGAUCCAGCUAGUUGCCGCCAUCGGAACUGUCGUUACCCAAGAUGCUACCAAAACGACAGGCACCUAUUCCACGGCGUGUCAAUGGCUAUAUGCCGCUCAGGACUGGCUGGCUGGACCCAUGAAAAAGAACCGCAUCAGUAUCGGUAGUCUGCAGAUUCAGUGCUUGCUGAUCCUGGCUCGACAGGCUCUUUCUGUUGGGGGAGAUGUCGUUUGGAUAUCGAUGGGCACUGUCGUUCGGACCGCGAUGCAAAUGGGUCUACACCGUGAUCCGAAACAUUUCAAGAGUAUUGGCAUUCUUGAAAGCGAGGUUCGUCGAAGACUCUGGGCGACCCUCCUGGAGCUGGAUAUCCAGUCAGCCUUGGACGCCGGAGUACCACCUACUCUCUCAGUACAUGAUUUUGACACAGAGCCUCCCUCCAACAUCAACGACAAGGAUAUUGAUGAGCAAACCGAGGCUCUCCAGGAACAUCCCGCAACGACGGCGACUGAUUCAUCACUACAGCGUUUCCUCCUCCAGGCUCUCCGUCCAAGGUUAGAAGUUGCCCGUCGUAUGAACGGGCUAGUACCCGCGGUUUCCGAGACAUCGUACAAAGAAUUCUGCACUCUGACGACCACGAUCAUCAGCGCCUGCCGGGCCUGUAGCUCGCAUAUACCCAGGACGAGCAGCUUGGACGCAGCCUCGUUCCACCACCACCUCGCAGACCUCCUUCUCCGCCGCUUCAUACUCCAUCUUCAUCGGCCCCUUGCUAGCCGAGCCCGAAGUAAUCCACUGUACUAUUUCUCGAGGAAAAUGAGCCUGGAUGCCGCCAUGGCUAUCCUCAUCCCGGUCCCCAAGAACCCUGAAUUCGCGCGUCUUGUGCUAGUCGGGGCGGGUAUGUUCAAGAACCGCAUGAUCCACGCGUCCCUGGCCGUGGCGUCGGAAUUGCUCACGGAUGUUGAGGAGCAAAGCCCGCUGGAAUAUCCCACGCCCUCACGGGAACCUUCGGCCUAUCGAAAGAUGUUGACGGACGCGUUGCAAGAGGCGCUGCGGCAGUCUACCGAGCGGAUCCGUCUCGGGGAGACGAAUGUCAAGCUACGUAUGAAGCUCAGUAUGGCUCUGCGCCAGACGGAGGUGGCAGCAGGCGAGACCUCGUCAUCGAUGCAGCAAUUGGCCCAAGCCGCCAAGGAGAGCCUGGAGUUUUCAUACGCGAUCAUCCAGGAGCGGGCAACAGCUGAAGGAGUUGACAUUGAAGCUGGAGGACGGAGUGGAAUGUACGAGGACGUUGACCUGGAUGACUUCGACCCAGAGCACUUCUCGCUGGACCCGAAUUUUAGCUUGGACGACCUCUUCUUCCUUCCUACAGAUCUAGAUGUGAAUGGUGUAGCAAGGCUUCCUCAAAUGUAA